GUGUUAUUGAAUAAAUAGAAACAAGGAAACGAAGACGAGAAAAAAACACAAAAUACACAAAACAAAUUUUUUCUUCUACCAUAAUACCAUCCAUUCAUUGUGAAAAGUUUGAUAAUCGUGUGUAAAAAAACUGAAAAAAAUUUACAGAAAUAACAAGACUUGAGACUAAUUGUCGAGAAUUACUUUAAGGUAAAGAGUGAAAAGUAUUUUAGACGCCAAAAUUAAGGGCUAUAGAAAUCCAGCACAACCUCUCGUCGACGAAGCCGAGGAGGUGGAGACAGAGCACGCCACUAUGGCCGCAAAUGAUUCAGGUGUGGACACCAGCAACGAUAGCAAUGACGGCGUGACUGCUAGCAUAAUGAUUACACCGCCACCGCCAAUAAUGCCGCCCACACCAACAUCGUCACCUAAUACCCACGAGUGGCCUACCAUCAAUCCGAAUGCAUUCCAUCUUAACUCGGAUGAGCAUUUUGCGCUACCUACCUUACCGCCACUGCCAUUGAACUCGUCAUCGCAGUCAUCGGACUUUAUGUCUAGCAUCAUCCAUCCUAGUACCCUGCCCUCUAGCAGUCACAACUUCAAAAUGCGUCCCCGUACGUGCAUAAAAAGUAGGUUGCGUUUUAGUUACAACAACAUUUUUGCCGAAUCGACGGGACGGAAAUUACGCUAUGCGGCCUCAACAAAUAACAUCGAGUUGUUAACUCGAGUUUUGGAGUCCGGCGCGGAUCCUAAUGCCUCGGACGAGUACAAGCGUAGUCCGCUGCAUUUGGCAGCAUGUCGCGGUUACAUACAAAUCGUACAGCAACUGCUCAAAUUCGGAGCUAAUCCAAAUGUUGUUGAUUCAUUGGGCAAUACACCACUACAUUUGGCCGUCAUCUCGGCCAGCUCUAAUAAUUUUAAUGUUGUGGUCCGUGUUCUCCUGCAGGGCGGUGCCAGUGUUCAUAUGUUCGACCGCAGCGGCAAAUCGCCACUGGAACUUGCCGAAGCUAAACUACGUUUACUCCGUACCAGAUACGAGAAUCCUACUCCAGAGACCAGUAAAAUUCUUGAGGACAUGUGUAUGCUAACUGCCCUUAUUCUGCGAUACAUGGUUAAGCAACAGCGAGAACUCGAAGAUCUCUCGAAUUUGGAGAAACGUUUACAAAAUCUUAGUACCCGCGAUGAUCAGGAACAGGUUGUCUCACAGACCGCUGACGAGUUGUUGGCCAGCAUUGAGGGUCUCUCGAUUAACAAGUAAAACGCUGUAAAAAUAAGAAUCGAUCAGCGAAAGAUCACUGUUAAUUUUUAUUUAAAACAAAAUGUGUAUUGUCGUUAUAUUUUCGUUUCCUAAUUUGGCUGCCGUGUGUUUGUAUCGUUUGGAUGAAAGCAUACAUCAAGGAUUGUACAAAAGAAAAGAUUGAUAUAUUAUAUAUAUUGUAGAUGUAUAUACAUAAUAUCUAAGUACUAUACAUAUAUGAACAACUUUUCAUUGCAAUUUUUUUCAACACAGACGAUAUUUUCUAUUCUUAAGAUAUUUUAAUUUUUUUUUAUGAUUACUAUUAUAUAUAACAGAAUAUGAUAUAUAUAUACAACUCUUUUUUUGUAGUUUUUAAGUUUACAAAUGUUCGACAUAUUACAACCAUAACAACCUAAAAUUUCAUAGAAUCAUAUACGAGAAAAAAAUAAAAUAAAAAGAACACUUAUUUGUUAUAAACAUUUUCAAAUUUCAAACUGAAAUUGGUAUUUGCCACAAAAUCUUGUUUAAGUUUUAAAAAGUAAAUUAAGAUUAAAAAGAAAAAAAAAAACAAAUACUUGCAAAUAUCCAUUGAAUACCAAUUUAAAAAAAAUAUAUAGAUGUUAUCUAUACACUACAAAAUUAACUAUUAAAUAAGUUUUAUUAUAAAACUAAAAACAAAAUAUAUAUAUACUAAACAUUACACAUAAAGUGAAGUAAUAAAAGUAAAGCAAAUUAACAAUAAAUAAAAUCCUCCAAAAAUGUAAAACUUUAUUUACUACUUAUGUAUAUGUUAAUUAAUGAUUUACACAAUCAAUCAAUCAAUCAAUUUAAUAUUUUAUUAUAAUUGUAUGUUUUUAUUUUCAUUUGAAUUCAUUAGAAAUUUGUGCAGUAGUUACUUUAACAACAAUAUACAUACAUACUAUACAUAAAAGUGCAUCAACGUACAUCAUGUGCAUAGACAACGUCAAAAAAUAUGUACAUUGGCAUAUAUAAACAACAACAAUAAAAAAAAAUUAAUAAUUUAUCGCAUGGAAGAAAAAAAUGUAUUUAAAGUUGUUGGCUUUAUUGCAGAGAAUCUGCUGUAUUCUUUUCAUUUUUCCUUUAAUCUACUACCUGUAAUGAGGCCAAUUUCAUUAGUACAACAUCCGUUGAUAAAAUGUUGAAACUUAAUAUGAAAUAAUUCUAGAUAUUUAUUAAAAACGUAAAACCGAAAUUAAUUAAAUAUGUGUCUAUGAUUAUGAAAUUACUUAAACGAAAAAAAUGUGAAAACAUUUUAUCGAUUCAAUUUAAUAAACCGAAAACCAUUUCAAUCUAUUGAGUGUGAAAAAUAAAGGCAUUAGCCAUUAUAUUAAAACUGAA